AUGAAAACUUCGAAAAGAGCCAGCUCGAUUUUUGAGAUUUCUGGAAUAGGCCAGGCACCAAGCAAAGAUUUUUUCUCUUUAACCGUCGUUAACAACUCUAUUAUUUGGCGCACUUGGAGGAUAACAUUGCGCAACGAGAAAACGUCUCCGAGCGAAACAGUUCAAUCGUGGCAAGAAUUCACUGAUACCUCAAAUGGUGUAAGGCUGCAAGGAGAGAUUCGACGAGUGUUUGGAAAUGACAUACUUUCCCGUGUCAAUUCUUUAGUUUCACAAUGCUGGUUGCCUUAUAUGAAGAGUGAUAUACUGGUUGAAAUAUUUGUUUGGCUUGAUGUCCUUGACGUUGUUCGACUUGCACAGGUGAGAUACGUGUAUUUAUUUCAUAAUUGGUGGCAGACCUUAACAAACAUGGAUAAAUAGCUCGUAUCAGGCGAAAGAUUUUGGAUAAACAGUGGUUCAAAUUUGUCUUUCUCGAUCAUUCUUUAGGCGGAUCAUUUCUUUAUUUAUAUGCUAUGCAAAUAUUUUCACACACUGCAGUCGUUCGUGUCUCCGCGAGGAAACGUAAACUACAACACCAUAUAAUCAUAAAAAAGAAAAUAAACCUGAUUUUUUCUUGUCAAUUUAAAAAUAACUCGAUGAUUUACGAGCAACAGUGGUACGGAGUGUUAUGAAAUGGUGAAUGUGAGAAAAUAAACUUUUCUGUUGGAUGUAAAGUGAACACAUUUUAAUGAGAUAAAUUUUCCUUGGCCAGUUAUGCCAUUAGUUUGUGUCUUUACCAUUCGUCAGAUUAUUUUUUCUCUCUAAAAUACCUCAUUUCUGUCGUUUACUAUUAAUAGUUUUUGAACAAAAAGUUUGAGACACACGAUCUCUUUGUCGAAAUGUUUUUCCUUUUGCUAAAGGAAUUUGUCUUUAUUAGCGUGUAGACAAGAAAGCUUUUAUUAAAUGCAAACUCGAGGGCCAGAAAAUCGUGAAAAAUCGAUUUCAUGAGCGAAAAAAAAAAAAAAGUCAUAACAAAGCUCGAAGUAGCACCCUUCAGAGCGGUUGAGAUUUCCAUUAUUGGACAAUUAGAAAGGUUAGUAGUCCUUCAUGUUGUCAGUGUUCAGUGUGCUCCCUGGACUCCGAUCCUUUGAUCGAGCCUAAAUUCAUUAAAUUCAGAGUUAUUUAUCACACAAGAAGGUGAGUUUAGUUUCAGUUCAGUUUGCAUGUGAGCAAAGAAAAGAGUUUCUUUUCAUUCGUUGCCCAACUGCAUGAUUUUAAAAAAUGACCUGAGGCUCAGUAAUUGAUCUUCACUUCGCCUCACCUUCGAACUCAGUGCUAGCCGCCAUUAUGGCGAAUAGUUGAUAAAAUUUUACAGAAACAUUAUUUCUGAACCCAACAUAAGUCUCAUAUCAAUUUUGAGAUCCUCAUUUUAUCUCGAUGGGUUUGAAAAAUUAACAGAAAGAUCUCGACAAAUCUCUUUGUUCCUCCCAGUUUCGUACAACUCGUCAGUUUAAUCAAAGGAUCUCAUCGUGUUCCUUGGAAACUCCCCCACCCAACCCUUCCUUCCUCAACCCAACAUUUUCCGCAAAGUGCUUACAUAGUGUUAAUGUUGUGUAAGGAGAGGGCAGGUGUGGAAUUUACUAGAAACACAAUGUUCGAUGUGAAUGUCUGAAUCAUUAUCCUCAUUCACGCUGACUGAAAACCGAACGAAGUAAGAGUACAUCAUUGUCAAAAUAAUUAAGGGCGGCACUCAGUCCUCUAAUCAAUUCAGUAAAUAAAAAAAGUUGUGUUAAUUCAACUACCGGUAGUGAAUUUGAAAAAUAAUUCCUCUAAUUUUAUGUUACUCAUUCAAUUCCGUUCCCACUAGUGCUAUACUAAUAAUAAAAACCAUAUGGUAUGUUAACUGAACAUACGUCUUUUCGUUUCGUUUAAAUUCUGAUCAGUAUAUCGAAAACAUUUCUCCUUCACAGUAAGUUAUAUUUUUUAGUGUUGUAUAAACUGCCCUUGACUUUAAAGAACUUUCCAAUCGGUUCUUUUGAUCUCGUGGCAGACAUUUUUUGCUAUGUCCCUUGGGACUAAUCUCGUACCCAGAUCUCACUGUGUCUUACGCUGAAAUUUGAGGUCUGGUAAAGGUGGAUACAAGUUCAUUUUUCAUUGGCUGCUGGUAAUAGUCGUGCCUUUCCCCUGGCCGUAGGAGAUCUGGGUAAGAGAUUACCUUGGAACGUGCAGAUUCAGAUAUUUAGUCUGAUGACCAACAACAACAACAAAUUUUGCUAAUAAACAGAUAAUAUUGCAGAAGCAUUGCCCGCAGUUAGCAAGGCUAUUCAAAGAAGUACAAUGCGUGAAAAAUAUGAAAUUAAGACUGAGGCUAACAAAGGAAAGUUUACAGAUUACAAAUAAAUGAAAUAAAAAUCGUAAUAUGGAUGAGGACUAGAUAACACAAUAAAGAAGAAAGAAUUAAACAAAUAAAUUGUAAAAGUAUAAACUAAUAAGCAAGAAUUUAUUUUCCGACAUUUUUGGCGAAUUUUACCUUUUCAAUUAAGGUGGGCGUAUCAAUAUAGUCAUCUCAGGAGUCAUCUUCUGAAUUCAAAAUAUCAAGGAAGCAAUUUGCGGAGUGUUUUUUUGACCGAGGCUUAAGGAGUUAAAAAUAUUAUUUGGGACUCCAAAAAUAUACUUCACCCUAAUUUAAUACCUUGUGGGCGGGCUUACUUAAAAUUUUUACUCAUACGUUAAGUACAGGGAACUUAAAGAGGUCGAUUUAUUUUGAUAGUAAUCCAAUAUACUUCGUGGUAAACGAUACGAUAUUCAAAUUAUGUUCUUGUUUUUGAGUUCCCCUCAAAUUUAAGACGUCGAGAAUUGAGAAGGUCAAUCAAUGGCUUGACGCUGAUUAUCAUCGUCUAUAUCAGAGGUAGUGGGAUAGUGCAGAUACAGGAGACGGGAAAUGGAAACGUGAGUAGGAACAAUCAGCGAGGGGGUGGAGGGAAGGGGGUAGGGAGAGAGGGCGAGAGAACUCCCUCCUUUCUUCCUCUUCCUAUCUUCCUUUUUUUAUCCUCUACUCUUCAUUUCGGGUCCUUCUUUAUUAUCUGGACGCCUGGAACAGUCAAAAUCACAGCCAGCAUGAUUUUACUAGUUAUCUUCAAGAUUGUUGCUCGUGGUUUGGCCAGAAAAUUGAACCCACGACAGACAGAUCAGUGCGCCGCCAUCUGAGCUCACCCGCGGCGGUUGAUAUUUAUUAUCCUGUAUUUACCAAUACACUUAGCAAUCCCCCAUAAAGAGGAUAAUCAGCCGAUGUGGUCGGCAAAAAAAAACAACAACAACAAACAAAACAAAAACAAUAGAAGACAACAUAAAAACCUAAACAACAGCUAGCAACUAGUUGAUUAGUUAGUUGGUCAAUUCCGGAACAAUGCCUUGUCCAACAAUUUUGAUGGGUAUUGUCUCGGAACUAAGCAGGAACAGAUCAUCGGACGGAUUAAUUAAUAUUGUAGACAUCUGGAGACACGGAGUUCCACUGAACUAUAGUUUUAGGAUAUAAAAGGACAGUCUUUGAGUCGAGAUAGUAGGACAUGUCAGUAGUUCUGUGGGUUGGUGAGCCCAAAUUGUCGCCUGGGUUUACUAGCUGAUAGUUCAAUAGGUGAGGAAUGGCCCGAAAUUAUUAUAGUCGAUAGCUCAGAAAUCGCAGGCCAGCACCAGUCAUCGUUUGCCCAUUGUCUAUUUGAAUAUUUGAGCAACUUUCCUGAUUCUCUCUAAGAACACACAUCCUUUGAAAUACUCUAACAACAAGGAGCAUAUCGGCUUAGAUCAUUGUUGCUCAGCUCCGUUCUCAUAUUUAGUUGGGACAUGAAAUUUCAUUUCAGUCGUCAUUACCUGCUUUCCUUUUUUUCAGGUGUGCCGAGCUAUUCAUAAAGUUUGCUCGAGUGAAGCUUUGUGGAGAAGACUGUUUCUCAAGUACUUUGUUGUCAUUCCACCGAAUGUCCUCUCACUUGCUCAAGGUGUCGGAUGGAAGGACGCUUUUCGUUUAAAUCGACAGAAACUUUAUUCCGUCAAAAACCUGAAGAAAGUUAAAAUUCAGGACAUUGGCGAACAACUUGACGAGACAUACGAUCGGAGUAAAAAAAUUGAAUUAGUGGUGGCUUAA